AAGGUGCGCACAGCCCCUCGUGAGCCCAAGCACAAGCGCUCAAAGAACUCACAGGAUGACAGUGAGGACUCUGAUGACAAGCUCUCCAAAUCCAAAAAUGAUUCAGCAGAUGACUUUGGCAGCGACGACGAAGACAAUGACUUUGGAGAGGAGGAGGAUGAAGACGGAGGAAGCGACUACGAAGAAAAAAGAGGGAAAAAGGGAAAGAAAGCCAAGGUGGAGAAACCCACCAAGAGGGGGCCGAAGAGAAAACGGGGUGCAGAUGACAGCGAUGAUGACAGGGAAGUGAGUCGAAAGCGUACGGUGCGCCAGGCGGCUUCCAAGGCUGUAUCCAAACAGAGAGAGAUCCUGCUGGGGGACGGAGGGAGCGAGGACGAGGAGCACGAAGACCAAGAGGAGUCCUACAUGGACCCCGACGAGUCCGGCAGCGACGAGGACUUCAUGGUGGAGGAUGACGAUGACAGCGACUACGGUCACUCCAAGAAGAGAAGCAAGAAGGUGAUUCGACGGGGACGGCCGGACAAGAAGGAGAAGAAAAGCCCGAAGCCCAGACUAAAGGCCACAGUGACCCCCAGCCCAAUGAAAGGAAAGGGGAAGGGGCGCCCCAGCACCAAGGCCGUGGAGAAGAGCUCACCCAAAGAGGAGGAGGAGGAGGAUCCCGAGAGCCCCCUGGAGGAGGAAGAGGAGGAGGCCGAGAAGAAAGAGACCUCCCCCGCCCCCAAGACGACGAAGGAGGCCACAGGAGGAGAGGAGGAGGAGGAGGAGGACGAAGAGGAGGAGGACGGCUCGGAAGAGGAGGCGCCCUCUGGAGAAGACUAGAAGACGAAGCCCGUUUGAAGCCCAUCCUCCACGUCUCUCUCUCUCUCCGUCUCUUCUCAUUGUUUUGUUUUCUUUUGUUGCUCUGCGUUUAGAGUUGUAUUUUUUUUUUCCUCUUUUAUGUUGGUUUUUAUUUCUUCUGGUGGCCUGGCUCAAUGGUUUGAACUCGGUGUGCUUUUUUGUUUUUGUUUUGUUUGUUUUUUUUUCCAUUUUCUUUUUGGCUUCCCCGCUGCUCCCUUCAACCAAGACGUUUUGCUCAUGUGGCCAUACAGCAUAUGUACGGAAGUUGUAUUUUCAGCAGCCUCUCCCUCCUUCCUGUCUUCAUCCUUUUCUGUAUUUUACAGCUGUGUGAAACUUUCUCUAAGCUAGUGAGCGUCCGUCCUGAGUGUGAACAAACCAGUUCACUAGCGUUUCUGUUUCCCCCUCCUCCCCUGAGAUUACCAGUGAUCCGACGCUCCUCUUUUUUACUUUUUGCGCUGAGUAAAGCGACGUUGAGUAAACAUGGCCGAAGCAUUCACUCUUUAUUUUGGUACUUUGUGCUUUUAACAGGGCUUUCGGUUAUAAAGCGGCGUCUUCUUAAUUUAAUUUUCCAUCAUCGUCAUCAUCAUGAUGCUUCUUUCACAUGAAAUCGAUUCGCCCCCGAGGCGCGACGUUUUGAAACGCUUGCAGCUGCUGCUUCGUAGUUGAGUUUAAACGUGUAGACCGAUGAGUGUUUGCUACAUGCCAGCCUGCCGCCAUCGCACAUUUCAGAGCAGCAUGUGUGUGAAACUGUUUCUGUUCUUGUAUGUUGGGCUUUCUGAUGACGCUACAUUAAGCAAACCCCCUUAUGAAAUAAACACACACACACACACACACCUUCCCGCAUGGCUACAGUAUCUUCUCCGUCAACCCCUUGUGCCAGGCACCCCUAAAAAUCUUUUUAUUUCAAGAAAUGCAAGAAGAGAUGUUUUUUUUGUUUUCUUUUCCUUUUUUGUUUUGUUUUUUGAGAGUUAAAAAAAUGAAUGUUGUUUUUUCUCCUGUUGGUUCAUUGUUCUAAUUCUCUAUUCAGAUUUUUUUUGUAAUGUUUGUUUUUUAAAAAAAAGAAAUAAAAUGUAUCUUGAUUUUAAAGAAAGAAGUCGACCCUAUCCAAUCUGUUCUGCCUGAUGGUCGGACGAGCCAUCCCUCUCCCGUACUUAGCUCCUCCUGUCCUUUCAUUCAUUCGGCCCCCUUCGCCCCCUCGACUCCCAUCAGCUUGACGGUUACUGUUGGUAUCCACGUCCGUUUGUUUUCUUCAAGGCUUUCCGUUGCCCAGAUUAGUAUUUCACAAGCAUUUUUAAAUUCGUACUGAGGCUCAGAGUAGAUUAAAAGCGGGCAGCUUGGUAUAUAUCCGGCAUUCAUUUGUCUGUUAAUGCCUUAAUUUUCAUUGAGUUGUGUUUCACUAGUGACUCUGAUAUCAUCAUUGGAGGCCUGAGAAUGUAAUCUGUCCUCAAGUUUUAGGUCUUUGCUACAAGCGGCAAAUUAGGCUUAAGACAAGUCAACAAUUUGUAUGAUCAUCCAAAGCCAUAAACGAUCUCAAAACUAGUGACUCGGAGAUCAGGUGCAGCACUUGUGAGAUUAUCCUUUUUUUGCGAGAAAUAGUGUUUGAUGUCAAAGCAAAAAAAAAAGAAAAAAAAACAACAAAAAAAGAAAAAAAAAGUUGCUAUUACGAUCUUGGGAAACGUGUUUUCAUGUCGAGUCGACCCAAGACUGCAAUAGAGUCCUGGAUGUGUACAGGACACACUCGAACCUCGUCCUCGGUUCAGAAGCACAUUCGAUUGUUUUCCGACUGUCUUCGUUAGCAGGUUAGUGUGUUUUUCUACGUUCAGGUCCUGAAUUGGCCCCCCAAUCCGUACUUGUCAUUUUAAGACGAUUGGAUAUAAAUAUAGACGUAAAAGAGAAAAAAAAAAAAAGAAGUUUGUUUAUACCAACCUAAAGCUCCGAGAGCUGUUUGCAGUAGGAUCAGAUGCUAUCUUGUAGUUCACAGCACUGAAGGCUUGAAUGAGGUUCCUCUCUAUCACCCCACUGGAGGCACAUGGCAUAAGGCUAUGAAUUUCUCCUCUUUCAUCCAUUGUACAAUUUCUUCUGUUGUACUGUUUCUGAUGUUUUUGUUUUUGUUUUUUUUUUUUGUCUUAUCUACCUUCACUUGUACUGGCAAUGUAAAUGUAAGCCAAGUUGUGAUUCCUACAGGAGACCAAGUGGAGACGCUUUUGUCAGUAGUGUGGAAAAGGAACGCUGAACUCUUGAAUCUUUUUUGCAUGUUGUGGAAAAAGUGCGAAGCGAUGAUGAUGAUGAUGAUGAUGAUGAUGAUGAUGAUGCUGGUAAUGGCAAUAUUGUGGUCUUACAAAACAAAAACAAAAAAAAGUAUUAACGAUGUUGAUAAUGUUUUGGUUUCCCAGCUUCUAAUAAAGGCAACCUACUUUUUAUACAGA